UCCACCAGCUCCCAAGGAGGCACUUCCACUUGGCCCCCAAGCCCUGCCAGCAGCCCUGCAGGCUCCGACAUGAAGGACCAACCCAGCACAACAGAAGCUGCCCUCUGUGCCCUCCGAAUCAUCCACCCAUCUGUGCCCAUCCCUGUGGAGCAGGUGCAGCCCCAGGAGGAGCAGGGGGAGGCAGUGGUGGCAAGUUCCUCUUCCCACAAGAGCAGCUGCAAUCCUGCUACUCCUUGUCAGGGCUGGGAACACUCAUCCAGCAGGCCCCAGCACCUCCCAGAAGGGAGGGCCUUCAGGCCCCAGCACUCUCCACGGAGUACAGAGACAGAGUGGAGCUGCCCCAUCUGCCAUGAUGGUCACGAGGAUGCCGCUUAUGCGAUGCCCUGUGGCCACCAGUUUUGCCUGGGCUGCAUCAUGCAUUGGACAGACAGGAAACCAGUGUGCCCAGUUUGCAGCAGAACAAUAUUGAUUGUCAGGUUUUCUGUACGUGAAGAAGAUGACUAUCUACAGUGUCUUGUCACACCCUCCAGAGAGCUGCCAGAGGUCUGCAGCCAGGCAGGAACAGCUCCCAGCCACGUGGCCGAAAACAGUCCCCAUGGCCCUGUGCCAUUCCCACCACCUUUUCCACAUGGGACACUGUCCCCAGCUCGGCAGAGAGCUGGAUGGCCAGAGGCUGUGGGUGGCCUCCUGCCUGAGGUCUGGGCAGAACUUUUCCAAGGACAAAAGCAUCUUUUGGACCCUGUGCUGCCCUGGCUAUGUCAAAGACUGGAAGCAAUAUAUGGGUCCCAAUGGUGGCUGGCAAAGAAUGCAGAAGGCUGCAUCCUGCAGGUCCUGUGCCUCUGUGGUCUGGAUGAGAAGGUCUUGUUCCAGAUGCUGCAGCCUGUCCUUGAGGGAUAUACAGCACCGCUGGUCUAUGGCCUUAUCAAUGUCAUCAUGUACAGGUGCAGCACAGAGGCCCAGAGACUACUGAGAUUCCACGCUGGUAGGGAGACCAAUGGCCCUGCAGCCAGCUCCAGUAGCCUCUGGGGGGAAAGUCCUGCCACCUCUAUGGCCCCUGCGGGCAGCCUUGCUGGCUCUGAUACAGAGAACCAACCCACCAACUCACAAGCCACCUUCUGCGGGGAUGCUGGCUGUCCCCUCUCUGUGUCUUUGUCUGCAGAGCAAGUGCAGCUGCAGGAGGAGCUGGGGGAGGUAGAGGCAGCAGGUUCUUCUGCCCAGGGCAGCAACUCCAGAGCCUCCACAUCCAGCCACGGCAGGGUCUGCUCACAUGGGGGGUCCCAACACCCCCGGAAGAGAAGGGCCCCUGCCUGCCAGGACUCCCACAGCCGUGUAAGGAGCCACUCUGGCAGCAGCACUAGCAGGGCUCCAGCAAGUAUUUAUUCAAGAGAAAGGAAAUAAAUUGCUAUUUCCAUGAAA